GAAGGUUUUUAAUAUUCGUGGAAGAAGUUUCUUUUCAGUGCUAGGCUUUGGGUAGUCAUGGCUGGUGUUGUGGGCACUGUGUUGCGGAAGGGGGUUUUACAUUUUAAUGGUGGUGGAAAAGUGUUAUUUCAAAAUGGGGCACCUAUUUAUUUUGCUGGCCAAAAUAGGGGUGCAAAGAAAUGGUUUCCUGAUCCAGAAUACAUGAAGCAGUUUGAAGGACCAGUAAUGUACCCAAAUGAAAUCACUGCAAAAUGGAAAAUGCCUCCAUACAACAACAAACUUGCUCCAGUCGAGAAGACUGUGCAAAAUAUGACCCUCAACUUUGGACCACAGCAUCCAGCGGCACACGGUGUACUACGACUUGUACUUGAGUUGGAUGGAGAGACUGUGGUUAGAGCAGAUCCUCACAUUGGCUUGCUGCAUCGUGGUACAGAGAAGUUGAUUGAAUACAAGACUUACACCCAGGCUUUACCAUACUUCGAUCGUUUGGAUUAUGUUUCAAUGAUGUGCAAUGAACAGUGUUAUUCUCUGGCAGUAGAGAAGUUGUUGAACAUUGAUGUACCAAAGAGGGCAAAGUACAUAAGAGUUCUUUUUGCUGAAAUAACUCGUUUGUUGAACCAUAUUAUGGCUGUUGGUACACAUGCAUUGGAUGUUGGUGCCCUCACACCUUUCUUCUGGCUGUUUGAGGAGAGAGAAAAGAUGAUGGAAUUCUAUGAAAGAGUAUCAGGAGCACGAAUGCAUGCUGCAUAUGUUCGGCCUGGUGGUGUCAGUCAGGAUAUGCCACUAGGUCUCCUAGAUGACAUAUACGAAUUUGCAAGCAAGUUUUCAGAACGUCUGGAUGAAGUUGAAGAUGUCCUUACAACUAAUAGAAUAUGGGUUCAGAGGACAAGAGACAUUGGAAUAGUAUCAGCUGAAGAUGCUCUUAACUAUGGAUUCAGUGGAGUCAUGCUGCGUGGUUCUGGCAUCAAGUGGGACUUGCGCAAAGCACAACCGUACGAUGGUUACGAAGAAUUCGAAUUUGAUGUUCCCAUAGGAACUAAGGGCGAUUGUUAUGACAGAUACUUGUGCCGAGUGGAGGAAAUGAGGCAGUCUCUCAGGAUUAUCGACCAGUGUCUUAAUAGGAUGCCACCAGGAGAAAUUAAAUCUGAUGACAUGAAGGUAACACCACCUUCAAGAGCAGAAAUGAAGACGUCAAUGGAAGCUUUGAUUCAUCAUUUUAAAUUAUUCACACAGGGAUAUCAGGUGCCUCCAGGCGCCACUUACACAGCAAUCGAAGCUCCUAAAGGUGAGUUUGGUAUCUACCUUGUUUCUGAUGGCAGUUCUAAGCCAUAUCGUUGCAAGAUUAAAGCCCCAGGAUUUGCCCAUCUUGCAGCUAUUGAUAAAAUUGGGAAGAGACAUAUGUUAGCUGACAUCGUAGCCAUUAUAGGUACCCUUGAUGUAGUAUUUGGUGAAAUUGACCGCUAAAUUACAAAAUCUGAUUGAAUGAACAAAUUAGAAAACAUCAUGUGAGCUGCAAGUGACUGACAAGGACCUGUACAUACUGUUGGAUAAGUUUGUCAUAGAUCUGGUGUUAACUCUUCUGUAAGCUCAAUAUAAUUUUGCCACAUAUUAGUGGUUUGUGAUCUUUCACUUGCCUUUCACAUAAGAAGAUAUACACUAAAUUAAAUAAAGAUUUCUUUCUAGACUCGACAAUGCAUUGUGUAAAUAGUUCUCAGGAGUAAAAAUAAAAUUUAUUUAUUAUGA